CCUUAUUUUCUAAUUAUUGAUGACUGCCGUAAGGCCCUCAACCAUUCAAAAAGGCCGAAAGAGGCAGAGCGGGAUUCUAUAAAAGGGCUCACAAAAGCAACAGGGGCUGAUAAUUACGGAUCCCUCUCUUCCCCCUCCUUGUCUGCAGAUUCAUAUACGUACAUAUUCAUUAUUCAAACCAUUGAUUCGUCCUAACCUUUUUACAAUCUCGUUGAAUAAACUGACGAGGUUUUUCGGAAUAAAUCACGGAAUUUCCCUGGCAACGGCUUCGUGGGAAUUGGGUUUCUGGCAUUCCUUUCUGCUUCUCUCCCCUUUAGUGUUUGGGUUUUGUUUUGCUGGAAUGUGACAUCGUUAUGUUAAGGAGGCAAGGUUUGCGGUUGCUUGGUCUUGGACUCACUGGGUUAGAUUGGGGUGUGAUGGCUUCACUCUAUAAUAAGGAUCCCUUUUUCGCCGGUUUUCAUGCGUUUAGUCAGGUUUCUGUGCCAAAGGAGCGGUAUCGAUUUUCUGUAAAGCCUUCGUUUGAUGUAUCUGGCAGUUUUCAGAUAAAUGUCAUUGAUGCGUUGCGCUUAAAAGGCUGCUCUGAUCGCAGUGACUGCCUUCAUGGAAGAGUUGACAAUGAAUUCCAUAAACCUUGUGCAUUGCCUCCAUACACACAGCCGGUUCGUGAUUCGGAGGUUGGGCUUGAAAGGGGCACAGCUGCUUGGUUGCCGAAUGGCUGCGGAACAUAUCAACGUGGCAGCCCUCUUGGAUUCCCGGACCAUCCAAUGCCCAAGAAAUUCAUUGUUGCUGUUGACGUGGAUGAGGUCCUUGGAAGCUUCAUUUCAGCGUUGAACAAAUUUAUUGCUGAUCGAUACUCUUUGAGCUGCUCAGUUUCAGAGUAUCAUGUCUAUGAGUUCUUUAAGAUAUGGAACUGUUCUCGUGAUGAAGCUGAUAUCCGAGUCCAUGAGUUCUUUAAGACUUCUUAUUUCAAGACAGGGAUCCAUCCUAUACCAGGUUCUCAGAGGAUUCUCCAGAAGUUAUCUUCAUUUUGUGAUCUAUCAGUUGUGACGUCUCGGCAAAAUGUAAUCAAAGACCACACAAUUGAGUGGAUUGAGAAAUACUACCCUGGACUGUUUCGGGAGAUUCACUUUGGCAAUCAUUUUGCACUGGAUGGAAUAUCGAGAAAGAAAUCAGAUAUUUGCAGGUCCUUGGGAGCACAAGUACUGAUCGAUGAUAAUCCACGAUAUGCUGUUGAAUGUGCUGAAGUUGGAAUCAGGGUUCUUCUUUUUGAUUAUCAGAAUUCAUAUCCUUGGUGCAAGACUGGGUCGGAUAAUUUACACCCCUUGGUGACUAAAGUUCAUGACUGGGAAGAAGUAGAGCAACAGUUAGUCUCAUGGAUAAUAUCAUAGCUUCUCCAACUGAUCCUAUAAUCGCAAGGCUCCAUUCAAGGCCUUGAACUGUUUUAUAUUUCAAUAAUAUUGGAUAGAUGCAGGAAAUUUGAGCUUAUAGUUGGCCAUGUUUUUUGGAAAAAAUGGCAGAAACUGGCCAAAUGGAUCUCAGUUAACAAGUUUUUUUUUUGGGGGCGGGGGUUUUAAGUUUUGUGCGUUUCGCAUCAGAUGCAAGAUGCAUCAAGUCUUAGGUUGCAAAUUUGUGAUGGAUACAAUGUCAAGAGAAAUGAAAUUAAUCUCAUUGAGGAAUGCAAUAUAAAAUUUUCUUAUAAACA